AUGUUUGAUUUGCUCAAUCAAAGAAACAUAUAUGAUAAGUUAAAUCAACUCCUAGCAUCGGGUAAUUGCACACUCCCCGAGUUCGUGCAUGCUCCACAAGUUACUAAAGCGAUUUUAACGCAUCAAGGAGGAAUUAUUAGUUACGUCGAGCAAAACUUUAAUGAGUUAGUAGUUGCAGCUCUAAAUACAGAUCAGAAGCUCACUCCUGAAGAGCAGCAUCUUUAUGAUCUCGUUCUCCGAGCUUACGCUGAACGUACUGCUGCUCAAACAAUGAAAAACAAGGAGUUUAUAAAUCACAUUUUAUCUCUUGCUUCUGAUGUCAAUACUCCACGUACGACACUUCUUUGCAUAGCAGAAAUCUUUGCUUCGAUCUUUAAGAACCAGAGCGAUCAAACCAUCUACUCUCUUACAGAAUACGAGAACUUCUUCGAAAGCCUCUUACCAAACAUCGAUUAUACACCAAUAUUUGAUAUCCUCCGAUCGUUAUCUGCCAUUUCUUCCCGUGCAAUGACGUAUUACCUCGAUAAAAUUAAUAUGCCUCAAACUCUCUUCGAUAAAUUAGUUGAAACACAAAAUUACCGUAUCGGAAUUAUACUUGCAAAUGUCUGCAGCGCUGCAAAUCACAAAAGUCAUUCAAUUAUCAACUUUUGCAACGAAAAAACGCUCGAUAAAAUAUUGACCAUGGCAGUAGAGUCCGAGGACGUUACAUUUUCGUGCUCUUGCCUUAAAGUUUUGUUCUCAUUACUUUUACAGAUCGAAUUUGUCGAUGCUUCUUUCGAUGACGACGACGAGCCACAGCAAAAUCCUCUUGUCGCAUUGGAGAAGUUUUUCAUCGAUAAUUUCGAGAGAUUCAUCAAAUUCGUUAUGGAUGAUCGAGAGUUUACAGCAAACAAAGGACUUGCAUCCCAAAUUAUAGUACGACUUAUACCUUUCAUGGAACAGCCUCCAGAAAUCUGUGACGAGUUGAUUAUUAAAUUAUUUAAUAUGACAAUUGCAAAUCCAACCAAAUCAAUGAUACAUAACGCCUUGCUUUCCAUUUUUGAAGCCCUUAAGCUUUCGGAUUACAAAUUUGAUAACUUCGAAAAAACUUGCGAUGCAAAGAUUACGAUUGCUAAGCUCUUUAGACAAAGGCACUUCUCCCUUGCAAACUAUUGGGCCCAGCUCCAUCGAAUUGCCGAUGCAUUGAAUUCAAAUGAUGAAUCCGAUAAGACAUUGGAGUCAACGGAGACUGAUGUAUCCGGCGAGGGAUCAAAUUACUCUGACUCAGAUAAUGAUAACUCAAGUAUAAACGAUCCAUAUCCUACGCGCGUAACAGGAAUUCCUCAAGAACAAGAAAACGUUUACAGCGAAUCAAGCUCAGAUAGCGACGAUGAGGACAAAAAGAAUGAUAAAGUCGAGGAAGUUAAGGAAAUCCAUUUAUCCGGUUCCGAUGAUGAAAAGAAAUCUGACGAAGAGAAACCAGAAACUAACGAAAAAGAAGACAAAGAUGAGGAAGAAGAAGACGAAGGCUCAGAUUCUUCAAGCGAUUCAACAGAAGCGAUUUCAUUUAUUAAACCACCGCCAAUUCCUGUUAUUCCUCUUACAAUUGACGUAACUCCAGCUCCAAAGAAAGAUAGUUCUGAUGAAGAAGAGGAAGAAGAACGUCCUAGACAAAGAAGUCCGAGAUCUCCAGUCGGAAAGACCAUUAACCUUCCACCUCCACCUAACAAGCCAUUUGUAUUCGGUCCGCCACCACCAGUUCCUGUAAUUCCAACAGGACCAAUUUAUGAAUCUAAGAAACUCCCUCCAAGACCAACAUCUCCACCACCACCAACAGAAGAAGAACUUGCUGACCCUUGGGGAACGUUUAUUAGGGGACAGUUCAAACAAAUGAGCGAUAUCAUGAUUGAAGAUUACGGAGGAAAGGUUCCAGGAGGAGAUUCCGACUUAUUCUUCGAUCUUGGUACAUCAGAUGACGAUGACUUCUAA